CCAUUUUUGACCACUGUCUUAAACGCGUCUCAACUUUGUCUUCGACUACGUCUCCGUCUCCUGCAUACAUCUCUCUCUCUCUCUCUCUCUCUCUCUCUCUCACCCAAUUUGCUCAGAGAAAAUGGACGCCAUAGAUUCAGUAGUGGAUCCGCUCAGAGAGUUCUCUAAGGACAGCAUUCGGCUCGUCAAGCGGUGCCACAAGCCAGAUCGCAAAGAGUUCACGAAGGUCGCGCUCCGUACAGCGAUCGGGUUCGUAGUGAUGGGAUUCGUUGGGUUCUUCGUGAAGCUGAUCUUCAUCCCCAUCAACAACAUCAUUGUUGGAUCUGUUUAGGUCAUGUGCUGAAGUUAGAAAGAUGAUAGGUGCAGCAACUUGAAUUCACUAAGAAAGCAGUAGCUUUUAGUUCUCAUUUGGUUCUCAUUUG